AUGUGCGGAAAUGAACCGGCAGCCAAUAUCAAAGUCAAACUCUACGAUGAUGAUAGUGGUCCUGAUUUGGAUGAUUUGAUGGCUGAAGGAGCGACGGAUUCUUUGGGUCAAUUCCUUUUGCAUGGAACCGCUUCAGAAGUUAUGACUAUUGAUCCAAAACUCAAUAUCUACCACGAUUGCGAGGAUGGAGCGCCAUGUCAACGCAAAGUUUCGAUUCAUUUGCCACCGAGUUAUGUCACAGAUGGAAGAGAUGCUCCAGAUCGUUAUUUUGAUAUCGGUGUUUUGAAUUUGGAGGCAAAAUUCGAAGGAGAGGAAAGAGAUUGCAUUCAU